AUGAGUGAUAAGAAGCCCAUUGUCCACCUUGCUGUCUCGGUACCUGAUAUCAAAAAACUGAGGAUAAUCAGAGAUAAAAUGUCAUCAAAUGGUUUGAACAGGUUUGUGAGCCGUUAUGGUGAUAUUCUGGAUUUGCUCAAGGUUAAGGUUCAAGAAGAAGCCAUCACCGCUUUGAUUCAGUUCUAUGAUCCUCCGCUUAGGUGUUUCACGUUUCAGGAUUUUCAGUUGGCUCCUACUUUGGAAGAGAUGGAUACUAUGCUUGGGUUCUCGAAGAUUAAAAAAGAAUUUUAUAAAGGUGCUGGGAAAAAAGUUGAGAUUUCUGAUUUGGCCAAAGCCUUAGAGGUGCCCGCUGCGGAUUUAGAACCCAAUUAUAAAAUUGAUGAACUAAGACCUAUGCCACCUCCGAUUCCUGGAAAAGCUACACCCAACUUCAAACCUAAUGAAAGGUGUGAAUUUCACGCCAAUUCUCCUGGACACACAUUAGAAAAAUGCUGGGCUUUCAGACACAAAGUUCAAGACCUAAUCGAGUCUGGGGCAAUUGCUUUCGACAAACCUAAUGUGAAGACAAAUCCCAUGCCUCGUCACGAUGGCACAGUCAAUGCGAUCGAGGUCGUCACUGAGCAAGAGUUAGUUCAACAACGGAGUUCCCCUAUAGAUGCCCUUAAGAGGUAUCUACUCGCAAGGGGGUUCAUCCUAGAACAUAACAAGGCUUUUAAGGACACCCUGCAGAGACUCGUGGACCAAGGAGUAAUUCAGUUGAAAGAACAUUCCAAGGAGGAGUAUGUGGCCAUGCUGGAGAGGAAUGAGCCAUUGAUAAUACCUAGUCCAGGGGCAAGAAAGACAUUGAUCAUCCCCUGCGCCAAAGCACCAUUGCUGAUACCCACACAAGUACACACUAGGAUCAUCCCUGUCAGAGAUCCAUAUCCGGCGGACAAAAUGAAAGCGGUCCCUUGGGAAUAUGAUUCUGGCACUAAUACGGAUGUGACAAACAUCGUUGGGCCUAGGGGCAUGACUCGUAGUGGUCGCAUAUUCAAUACUACGAAACCAAAUGAGAACUUAGCACAAGCAAGUAAUCAAUCUACUGUGGUCCCGACUGAAGAAGGCAUACCCAAGGAUAAAGAGAUCACCAACAAAGAUGCUGAAGAGUUCUUGGCAUUAAUCAAGAAAAGUGAUUAUAGAGUGGUAGACCAGUUACACCAAACUCCAUCUAAAAUAUCACUCCUCUCGCUACUAGUGCACUCGGAGAAACAUCGAGACGCCUUGCUGAAAAUCCUUAAUGCCGCCCACGUAACUAAAGAUAUCAUUGUAAAUCAAUUUGAUGGAAUGGUGGCUAAUCUUACUGCUGGGGCCACUCUUGACAAGAUAGCCUUGGAGAGUCUGGUAGUUAGACCAAGUCGUCUAGUAGUCAAGGCCUUCGAUGGAUCACAAAGUCCGGUAUUUGGAGAAGUAGACCUCCCUGUAGUAGUUGGUCCCCAUACGUUCUGCAUCAAUUUCCAAGUAAUGGAGAUUGAACCUGCUUAUACCUGCUUAUUGGGACGUCCCUGGAUUCAUGCUGCUGGGGCAGUUACCUCUACUCUGCAUCAAAAAGUAAAAUUUGUGGAUGGGAACUCUAUAGUGACCGUCAAUGGGGAGGAGGAUAUAUUUGUUAGCAAUCUGGACUCAUACCGAUACAUCGAGGUUGGAGAAAGGGCGUUGGAAACCUCAUUCCAAGCACUAGAGAUAGCAACCGCUGUCACACUACCGGUAGAGAAGAUACGAAGGGCGGUGGCAUCCUGGAGAGACCUGCAAGACCUGAAAAUGGAAGGCUGGGGCAAAGUGCCAGAAAUUCAAGAGAAGAGAGAUCGUCUGGGGUUAGGAUGUCAACCAACAAAGAAGGCUGCAAAGGAAGAGCAACGAUUCCCUCCGAUCACGCAAACUUUUGUCACAGGAGGAUAUGAGCAUGUAUCCAUGAUAUCUAGCAUGGAAGGUACAUCCAAUUUCAUCCGAAUGAUCAGACCAGGAGAACAACUCCAAAAUUGGACAAGCUUGGAGAUACCAGAGAUAGUUUAUAUUUCAAAGUAA